CGCGCGCUCGUGUUUCUCUGCUAUGGCUCAUCGUCGGGGCGGAUGCGACAGCCUGGAUGCUUCAGAGGUGGAGCCGGUGGACCAGAGCUCCGCCACAACACUCAACUCAGGUGGAGGAGAGACGAUGGCGGAGAAAGAGAACGAGCAGCAGCAGCCUUCGGAAGUCCGACACCCUGCAGCCUGUUAUCCGCUGUGCCGCGUCUCAAAGCUCAUUAACUGGAAAAGACCAUUAUGGACUUCCGCUUUCUUCGCAACUACAAAUAUAGCGUUUUGGUUUGUGUCGCUCAGUCCCUGUCGAGUGUUCACCCUCAUCUCCAUUUGUCUGGCUCUUCUAGAGGUGGUCCAGCUAAUGAGAGACACGGCUCUUUCCAGAUCAAGAGGAGCUGCUUUAUGGAGGAGUAUGACAAGCAGCUGGGAGAUCAUUGAUUCUGUCCAGGAGGGCAAGUCUGGAUCAGAAUCUCCAUUCACAGACUUCUGGACAAGCCUCAAGCUGUUCAUUGAGGAGACAUCCUCUUUUAAACAGCAGAAUCCAGGCAAGUUUUGUCUGCUGGUUUGCAGUAUGUGCUCUUUUCUAGCAAUACUUGGACGUUACGUACCAGGGGUUGUUAUUUCAUACAUCUUAGUGCUGGGUAUUUUUCUCUGGCCUUUGGUGUCGUCACAUGAGUUCGGGAUGUGGUUGGAACCAGUUCUGCAGAAACUGGACUUUGGAGUGGCUGAGUUUUUUCAGAAAAUAAAGGAGAAUCACGAGAAAAGGAUACUCCAGUCACAAACCGAGAGAGAGUGCAUCGAAGCAGAUCUGUCCGCACUUUUCCCCAAGAUGGACUCCACUGUGUGCAAAGAGCUGUCCAUAUCAGACACAGAGGUCUCUGAAGUCACGUGGACAGACAACGGCACUUUCAACCUUUCAGAGGGACACACGCCUCAAACAGAGAACUCUGACGACUCAGACCGGAGAAGCGACGAGGAGGUCUUCACAGGUGGACUGCCGGAGUUUCCCUCUCUGGACAAUGGCUUGGGGACGAACGGAGAGGAUGAUGAAGACUUGAGCAUUGGGCUGCCAACUCCUCCAGCUCAUCCCAGCAGAGUGGGCCCCACGCAGUCUGAAGACGAGCCCACAGUUCAGGCCCUGGAGGUUGUGCAGAGGCUGGCCGGAGACAUGAUCACAGCCGCGGUCUCCACAGCCAUGCAGGAGCGUCUGGAGGCGGCAGUGGCACCUGCGCUGCUCCAGGCUCUGGCCGAGGAGUCAGACAGCGAGGCGGAGGACUUUGAGUUGUUGGACCAAUCGGAGCUGGAGCAGCUGGAGGGUGAGCUGGGGCUGGACAGGGCCAACCGCGCAGAGCCAUCUAAACCAAGCAAACCUUCCUCAGGCUUUCUGUCCAAACUCCUGGGCCGCCACUGAUCGGAUUCAGAGGGGUUUCCGCCUUCCCUCUGUGAUGGGAUGUGGGUGGGAGGAGAAAUGUAGGGUUUACAGGGAAUGGUCCAGAGUCAUGAAGGUAUUCCAUUGUUUUACUUUGCUGGUGUGAUUUAGGUGUUUUGCUAAAAAUAAAAAAAAACAAUAGGAAUCUGUGGAGGUAGAAUAAAGUCCAAAGUAUACUUCCUUUUUUAUGCUUAUGCAGUUUUAUGUUUUCAUCAUCACACAUCAGUCCUAAUUCACAAAGUAUGUACAACUCACACAUGCUUUUUUAUGAUUUAUUAUAUAUAAAUAUAUUUUAAUUUAAACUACUUGAGGAGUCUUCACAUCCUUAAUUUGGUUUGUUAAAGCAAAUGUGAACAUGUAGGGUUGUCAGCCAUCCUGCAUUUCCAAAAUAUUUGCCCAGCCUUUUGUCAUGCCUUUUCCUGUUUAUUGACUGCUAUGCUGAUUUAACUAUACAACAGCAGCAGUGCUGAGCAGGACGCUUGAGGAUGAUGUAUCUAAAACGUAUAGUCUUCAGUAGACUUUAGAUCAGGGGUGCCCAAACUCUGGGAGGGAGGGCUGGUCUCCUGCUGAUUUUAGCUCCAACUUGCCUCAACACACCUGCACGGAUGUUUCUAGAAAGCCUAGUAAAGCUGCAGUCACACAAGAGUUUGAGCAUGCUAAAUUCUGUUGUAUGGCGCUGUGAAAAGGGGCAGGAUUAAACAAGAUGAUUAGACAUUUAAAAACGAGCGAUUGGUCCAUAUUUUAAAUUUCUGUUCAGAGAGGUUGUGUUUUGAUCCUCAAGUGGUCUUAUUUAGUCAAGUGAUGCAAUUUCGCAGGUCAGAGUUCACCAAGCUUGAACUUUGCUAUGCAGCGAACUGCUAAACUUGUUGCACAAGCUUGCGUUUACAGUCUGACGCAUUUGCGUGUGUAUGAAUGGCAGUCUAUGGGGAGAAAAGUGCAGUGUGACUGCAGCUUAUGAGCUUGAUUAGCUAGCCCAAGUGUGUCUGAUUGGGGAAGUAAACUUUGCAGGAUACCGGCCCUCCAGGACCGAGUUUGGGCACCCCUGCUUUGGAUGGUACUUUGUCAGAAGAUCUCAAUCAAUGCAUAUUGAAUACCAGCACAGCUGAUUUGUUCACAGCAGUAACCAAUGAAUCACUUUUAUUUCUGCUACCAGAAGUGCCACCAACUGACAGAGCAGGAAUCUGCCAUUUCAAAUAGUCUGCUGCCUACUGCUUAUGUUUUGUAAAUGUAUGUUUUAUGUAGCAUAAUUGCAUAAGUUAAUGCCAGGUCAUUAUAUUUUUACUUUAUAGUUUGCUGUAAUCAAAUUUAAAUCACUACAUGCCCAAGCUAAUGGAUGCAGAACCCUUUGUUUGGAUGAAAGUGCAGUGGAUGCAAUUUAAAAAAUGAGAAAAAAAUAUUCUAUGAUAGAAUUGGCCAAUUUGCUUGUAAAAAAUAAGAAUCAGCCAUGAAAAAACAAGAUCAGUGCAUCCCUUUUGUCCCUUAUUUCAUAUUGACAUAAUUGGCAAACCUUUGAACAUGGCAAUUGAUUUUGAAUUUAGACUAAAAAGGUGGUCUUACCGCACUUGAAAAUUAACUCCGGAGUGGUUCGCUUGAAAAGCAAUCUGAGACAACAGACCAACAAACCAGGCUUCAUCUCAAUGCAAAAUGAGAUGUAUUGUAUACUGUGUAAAAACUAGCAGUGUUUGUUUUGCUAAUGCUUUUUAGAAUGAAUUGUGGUUUAACCUGAAGCUAAACCUAAUUGGAGCUAAACCUAACCUGGAGCGAUAGCCUAAUUGAAAUUUGGUCAGAACAGCUCACUUGAAGCAAGAGUUUACCCAAAAAUUUAAAUAACCCACAGAUCUAUAUAUAAUGUUCUAUAUAAUCCUAUAGUAUAGAUCAAGGGCCAAAAAAGCAAACUUGAUUGAGAACUGUGGGCCGUUUAUAUACCUAACCAUAUAUAAUAAAUUUGCCAUGAGUAAUUCACAAAUUUAUUUGGUAAUAUUUAAAAAUAACUAGAAAAUGUUGCUUUAAACUAAUGCAGUAUCAUUUGAACCUUUUAUUAUGAACUUAUUACAGUAAAAACAUGAACAAUCCCACUUAUAACACAAUGGAGUUCAAUGCUGAAUUCGAGCUGCUCCUGCCUUUGCCUUGAUUUGCUCGCAUAUGUCUUGUGCUUUGUCUGUCAAGUGACAUCAUUUAACUUUUAAAAGUCUGAUUUAUUUACAACAUUUAAUUUCAGUUCACUUAUUUGUAGCUCAGCAAUAAAACAAAGAAACAAAAGGUGAAGUUAAUUUUGAAAUGAUCUUUGUCAAAAGCAUUCGCCCCAACCACCUCCCCAUCAUUCUCCCUCUCUAUUCAGAUAGGAUGGUGGGCCAAAUCAAAGGAUACCAUGGGCCAACUUUGGCCCUUGGGCCCUUCUUUGGGAUUUUCUCACCCUUAAGCCAUCUUCAGUGUAUAUGACUUUCUUCUUUCAGAUGAAAUUCAUUAAAUACUAUCCUGGCUCUCUGAUUUGGGUAGUUGUCCUUUUUUGAAGCUUCCAAAAGCGUACAAAUCCUGAUUAUGAACAUAUGGAGAAGUUCAGUAGUUUGUUUCCCAAGAGGUCCCCAAAUUUUUAAAAAUCUGUUGUCACAAAAACAUAUUGAUCAGCUUCAUGAGAUAUGCAUUAAGCUGCGGUCACAUUAGAGUUUGAGUUUGCGAUAUUCUGUCAUGCGGCGUUGCGAAAAGGGGGCGGGAUUAAACAAGCUUAUUAGACAUUUAAAAAAAGCGAGCGAUUGCGCUAUGUUUUAAAUUUCUGUCCAGAGAGGUCCUGUUUUGAUCCUCGAUUUGUCUCAUGCAGUCAAGUGAUGCGAUUUUGCAGGUCAGAGUUCACCAAGCUUGAACUUUGCACCGCAGCAACCUGCGAAACUUGACGCAUGACCACGCGUUUCCGGUCUGACGCAUUCAAGUGCAUAUGAAUGGAAGUCUAUGGGAGGAAAAGCCCAUUGUGACCGCAGCUUUAACCCGGUUGGCAAACUCGUUCCUGGAGGGCCGGUGUCCUGCACAGUUUAGCUCCAACACUAAUUGAACACACCUGAAGAUGCUAAUCAGUGUCUUCAAAAUAAUUAAAAAUCUAUACGCAGGUGUGUUUGAUUAGAGUUGAAGCUAAACUGUGCAGGACACCGGCCCUACAGGAUAGAGUUUGCCCACCCCUGCAUUAACCCCAUGGCAGCCUAUGGAUUUGUUUAAUGAUAGAUUUAUGCACUUGUGACAUUUUGGCAGGCUAAAAAAGGCCCACUAUAUCCAAUACUAUUAUCCAGCAUAGAAAAGCCAGGAAUUUAUUUUCAAACUCUUCCGGCUGUGUUUGUCGGACAGAAGAAAGUCAUAUACUUCGAAGAUAGAUCAAGUGUGAGUAAAUUAUGGGGUUAUUUUAAUUUUUGGCUGAAUUAUUCCUUUAAACAGGUUAAAAUAUAGAGCAAGCCUUGAUACUUGCUCAAAAUGAUACAUAAAUAUAACAGCAAGUUCAAAGACAGCUUGACCACAAGGUGUCAAUACUGAACCAGGCUGUCAGAAAAGAAAUGGAGGACAAACAAGAACAAAAACAAACCAUUGUAGCUGGCAAAAAACAGCUGUGUUGAUGAGUGCUUGUGUGAGGGGAUUAAACACAACUGCAACUCUAGUUUACAAAGACGUUUUAUCCCUUAUAACUUUAAGUGAACAUAUGCACAGACACUAGACCAGGAUGAAUCUUUCGUGUAGACACUAUAAUGGGCUUUAUUGUCUUCAGUUCAGUCACAUUGCUCCACUUGUGUCUAGUGUAGACACUAUGUCAUUUAUGCAUAAAAAAACGAAGUAUACUUUGGGCUCACUUCUGUAUUGUUUUGUAGAAGGUGAAAGUAGUUUUAGUUUAGGUGGAGUCAUUGGAUGGAAUAAUUUUUGUAAUGUUUUCAUGUCAAUCUCCAACCCCUGCAAUGACCGGAGUGUUGUGGACCAGAGUAAAUCAUUAGUUUAGCUGUUAAAGGGCUGGUAGAGGCAGGAUACUUCAUAUUUUGCUGCCAAAUAUUAAACUUCACAUCAUCAUCAUCAAAAAAAAACUUCAUGGCCAAAGAGAAAGGGCCUUCCCCUAACUGACAAUCAGCAUAGCAACAAACAAACAAACUAAAUCCCUGUGCUAGAAAUUCAUGUGGCAAAUAUAUGUGUUUUUUUAUUUUAAAUAGUUUUCUAAUAAUUAUUUUUUUCAUGAAAGAUUUUUGAAAGGCUGAGGGUCUUAGUGUAAUAUUUUGCAUGUAUUGUCAUGUUUGUUUCUAUUUGCACCUCUCUUUAAAGUAAACCCAUAGAUGUAUACACUAGAUAUUGCAUAUGGACCCUGAGCAUGCGUCAAUACCGCUGCCACAUUUGUACAGUGCUCCCAGGACAAAUGUCAUUCAACAGCACUAGUGAAGACUAAGCCAAUGUGAAGAUGCUGGACUUUAGCGCUGUGUACGGGUGUAGUAAUGAGCAAACAACAAAAACAAAGCGUAAAGGCAGAGCAUUUCAUAAAUAAGAUUUUAUUCUUUAAGUGUUUAACUUUUGUGCUCAACAAGUACCUUUAUUGAUGAUGAUACAGUCUCUUACUGCAUUGACCAUAAGGCAAAGUAGCACCAACUUACACUAAAUACUAGGCUUAUGCUAGUUUAGUUGAAUAAAAAUAAUCAAACAAUGUUAAUGAAAUAUGGUAAAGAGGCUACGGUGCUAAAAACUUGUAUUAUUGUCGGAUAAGUGAAGUAAUGGCUAGUUUUUGAGGUAGUUUAAUAGGGUGCCCAAUAACUCCUGAUCAUAGAUAUAUGUAUAUAUGUCUAUAUAUCUAUGGCUCCAGAUGGCCAGUCCUCCACUGCACCUUGGUCUCACAUUCAUUUUAAAGAAGCUCUACCCUGUACUAAAAUGGCGGCUCUAUUGACGCAUUCCUUCCAAUAGACAACAAUAGCGUAGGUGACAUCUAAUGUAAAUAUCUAUGGAGUAAACCAAUUAAGACACUAGAGCACAUGUAGGCACCAAAUUUGAACAGAUUAUGGUUCAUAUUCAUAUAAAUAAUUAUGAAAUAGUACAUAAAUUGUCUUAGUCUUUUAAAAUGCUAUUUUGGACUCCACUGACUAUCAUUUCAUAAACCAAAAUGUUUCAUUUUCCCCCAAAAUGGUUCCUACUUGUUUUGAAUGACUUGGGGUUUGAGUUAAUAAGGAUUAUUUUUGAGUGAACCGUCUUUUUAAUAUGUGCACAGCCAUUUUCAGUCAUGGAAAUAAUAUUGCAGUGGGAAGACAGUUGUAUCUUUAGUCAAUCAUAUAAAUCUGAAUGUCUCUUUGGUGAACAUUAUCCAGUUUCAGUGGGAAAGAGAGUCAUCAAUUUAACAUUACUCAUAAUUGCCUUUUCAGCAAUGUAAGUACAGAGGCGCAUAUAAACAAGACUGUUUCUGUUCACAGUGUGGUGCACAGUGUGUAUCUAAAUUUAGUGUUUCUAACAAACUACUGAUGUAUUAUGAAUUUGUUUUGCAAUAUAUCAUGCGCUUUCUAUAACACAGUGGCUGGAUGUGAGUUUCUGCCACUCACUACAAUAACUGCUAUCCAGAGAUGAUUGUAAUCGGUGUCAGUUUGAUACUUUUAUUUUUUAUUUAAAUAUAUAUUAUUUAUUCCUAUCUAUCGCUCCUAUUAGAUAGCUGCCACACACAUAUGAUCGCCUUAUAUGCCUGUGCAAGUUUGUCUGUCAGAGCGGAAAAAGAAUAAACUAAAUAUAGAUGUACAUGAACUCAAGAAUGUCAUUAAACACGUAUGAUUCAAA